AUAAUCUAAUAAUAUACAUAUGAAUACAGAAGCUAACAUUAUAACUGAAUAUUUCAAAAUUAAUUGUUUUGUUUUGGAAACACCUUGAACUAUAUAAGUACCCGUUUAUUUAAUUAUUAAAUGUACCUUAAACAAAAAUGUAGGUACUCUUGCAUGUAGUCCUUUAAUAAAAAGUGGACACGUCAAUGACCUCGAUUUCGUAAAAGAGAAGACGAAAAAACUUUAUUCUUUUCAGUACGGUAACAGUGUUAUGACUUAGAUAUUUCUAAAUAUAAAUACAAAUUAAAAUAUAUGUUAAUCUAUAAGUGUAAUUUUUUUUAUAUUCAUGUCGGUGUUGCUGUUCAUUGCAUUGUAUUUAUAGUAACGCGCAGUUGGCUAUGGCCAUAACAUCCAUAGAGUUAAAAAAAAACAAUGUAAAGAACAUGGCGGUCAAGUCCCUAUCAGUAAAUAUGCCGAGUUGUUUUACGAUUACACUGUUUUUAUAUCGUGCAAAAUGUAAUUAUAGUGUGAAAAAAUAUUAAUUAAAGUGACCUUUUUAUGGACUUUUCUUAUUAACAAUUUAUGUUGACAAUUAUGUAAGAACAAAGACGCAAUCCGUCUAUCAAUGGUUGGAGCAAAUACACAAAUGCAGAAAAAUGGGAGACUCCCAUUAUUUGGUGUCGAUUGUAGUAUUAUUGUUUGUGUUUCCGUUUUCCCUUCAAGUAGAAAAUUAUGAAUGUCCGCAGAAAUGCGAUUGUCUCGAAAAAUAUGUUGAUUGUUCAAACAAGAAUUUACUUUCUGUCCCGAGAAUUCCAGAGUGGGUGGAACAAUUGGACUUAAGCUUCAAUAGGCUAAGUGAAGAAGUGACAAAGUAUUUUGACAAAUUAAUAGCUUUAAAAGUAUUAAAGUUGGAUAAAAAUGGUUUGCAUCGUAUCCCUGACUUUCUCGAAGCGAACCAAAUUGAGGAAAUCAAGAUGAAUCGAAAUGAUAUUGAAUCGAUAGAUGUCGGGCACUUUCCAGCAAACAAUUCAAUCACUUCGUUGAGUUUAAACAGUAAUCAAAUAAAAGUGAUUGAUGAAGGAGCUCUAAAUAAUUUGACAAACCUAGUUGUCCUAAAGUUGAAUCGCAAUGAAAUAUCAUCUCUGCCAAAUCACUUAUUCAUGCAUCAAUCGAAGCUGGAAAAUUUGGAACUAAAUCAUAACAAAUUACAUGUUAUAAGUGGCCUGCUAUUUCAAGAUUUAUCAAGUUUAACUACAUUGAAAUUAAAAUUCAACAAUAUAGAUAUUGUAAUGGAUGGUGCCUUCUAUGGAUUUAAAUCUGUUAAAUCGCUGCAAUUGGAUCAUAAUAGGAUUAAAGUUAUCUCUAAAGGAUGGAUGUAUGGAUUAGAAUCCUUGAAUACAUUAUCACUUUCAAAUAAUUUAAUAUCUAAAAUUGACUUGCAUAGCUGGGAACUUUGCACAAAAUUGGAAAUGCUUGAUUUAUCCCACAAUUACUUAAUGGAAAUAGAGGGACGAACUUUCCAAUAUUUAAUUAAUCUUCACACACUUAAUCUAAGCUAUAAUAAUAUUUCAUCUGUAUCUCAGGAAGCCUUUCGUGAUAUGAUACAAUUGCAAACCUUAUUAUUAAAUAAUAACAAGAUAUCUUGGACUGUUGAAGAUAUGUCUGGUCCAUUUUCCAAAUUACAAAACCUGAAGGUAUUUAAUUUAUCUGCUAAUCAUAUUAAAUCAAUAAACUCCAGAGCCUUUGAAGGUUUAACUAAUGUCAUGGAAUUAGAUUUAAAAGGAAAUGACAUAACUUCUAUCCAACAACAUGCAUUUGAGAAAAUGACAAAAAUCAAAAAGUUUCACCUCAAUUCAUCUUCUUUGUUAUGUGACUGCAAUUUACUGUGGAUAGUUAAAUGGAUAAGAGAUAAAUUGGAUCAGAAAUUCAUUACGGCAACCUGUGCAUAUCCAUCGGAACUUCGUGGGGCUUUGAUCUCCAAACUUAAAGAAGAUAACUGUGGGGAUUCUCCUAAGCCAAAAAUUGUUGAACAUCCUAAAUCACAUCUUGCUAUUAAAAGUAGGUCCGCAAAUUUGAUAUGCACAGCCACAUCAAAUCCUUUUAGUAACAUGACAUUUUUAUGGAGAAAAAAUAAUGGUAAUGUGAGUAACCCUACUGUUUAUGAAAAUGUUACAAUGACUAAAAAAGGGCAACCACAAGCUACUUCCAUUUUGGUGAUAUCAAAUGUUACUAAUGGUGAUGCGGGUCGAUAUCAAUGUGUUGUGAGCAAUAAAUUUGGGACAACAUAUUCUAUGAAGGCCAAAGUGAAUAUUGUGACUUUUCCUCGAUUCAUAAAAACUCCUACAAAUGUAACGGUUAAAACUGGAGAAACUGUUACAUUAGAUUGUGCAGCUUCUGGAGAUCCAGCUCCUGAAAUUUCUUGGAAAAAGGAUGGAGGUAAUGACUUUCCUGCAGCUCGAGAAAGGCGAAUGAAUGUAAUGCCUUCAGAUCCAAGGUUCUUUAUAGUAAAUGCUAAAACUACGGAUAUGGGCAUUUACAGUUGUGCAGCUAAAAACCAUGGAGGGACUAUAAUCGCAAAUGCUACUUUAACUGUUCUACAAGAACCAUCUUUUAUAAGAGCUAUGGAAAAUAAAGAAGUUGUAAGUGGUGAAUCUGUUGUUUUACAAUGUAUGAUAUCAGGUUCACCUAAACCAGUGUUGAAAUGGCUAAAGGAUGGAAUGCCCAUAGUGCAUACAGAUCGCCAUUUCUUCUCUGGUGAAGAUCAACUUCUUAUUAUAAUUGGAGUUGAACCUAAAGAUGCUGGAAAAUAUGAAUGUGAGAUUACAAAUGAGUUAGGUACAAAAAAGGACACAAUAGAAAUGAAGGUGUUAACACCGGUUUCAAUAAUGGUGAAUGAAGAAGAUAUGACAGGUAUUAUUAUAAUAACAGUUGUCUGUUGUGCAGUGGGGACUUCUAUAAUUUGGGUUGUGAUUAUUUAUCACACUCGUAGGCGCAUGGCACGAGCUGUGCAUACAUUUCCCAGUGAAAGUGUUAAAAUGACACAAGUGGUUCAUAGUGAUUGUGAUUCACCACAAAUGUUCCCAGACAAUUUAUCUGAGCAUUCAUCCUGCAAAGAUAGUGGAACAGGUGAUUCAGCUAAACAAACAAGCUUUGACGGUGUGCCUACCGACAGAAGUGAACAAGUGCAUUUUGAGACUGCAGUUUGCAGAAGUUACUCCCCAGUGCCUGAGGCCCAUAAACUUUUGCCCUCCUCAUUCAAGCCCUCUAUACAAGUGUGUGUAAAUACAUCUGUAACACCAGCUACUUAUAGUUUUUCUAGUCACAGUGGUAAUGUUUAGAUAUAUGUGUAAAAAUAUUAAAAUAUAUUAACAGUGUUAGAAUUUCACUAACUAGAGAUUUCUGUAAAUUCACAUGUUUUUCAUGAAAAUAAAUUUAUUUGAGUGAAUUUUAAAAACAAAUUAUUUGUAAUAUUUACUAUAACAGAAUCUCAAAAAAAAUUCCCACUGUCUAUUCCUAAUAUAAAAUACAGAAGUAAGCAAAUAUCUCUAGGCAGUGAAACAGCAUUAAUCUAGGUAUUUAAAAUAUUGAUUGUGUAGUACAAAAUAUAACAAACUUGCCAGUAUUGGUUUGAUGUAAAAGACUGAAUGUCGUUUAUUUGUAUGAUCCUUGUUAUUCAAUAAUAUUGAUAGGUAAUAAAAUAGUAAUUAGAUUUUAAUUUAUUUCUGUAAUGACUAAAUUUACUUAGUAUUACAAGUGGACUACUGUUUAUUAUCUUUGUCAUUUAAAAGAUAACUUGUUUACAAUGUGAGAUUGUCAUCUAUCCUAAUUUUUUUUAUUUUAUCUUGGUCAAUAUGGUUUAAGAUGUGUUAGUAACACACAGAAAAUUUCAAUUAAUGAUAAAAAUUUUGAAUAACUGUAAUCUAAUUAAACAAAAAGAAAUCAUUUUCUUUUCUGUUUAUGAUUAACAAAUGUAUUGAUUCAUUUUUUUUAAAAAACAAUAACUUUAAAGUUUGAAGGUUAGGAGUAAAAAUUAUAAUAAGAGGAGAUGAAUAAACAAUAUUCAAAAAAAUACAAAACACAAAAGUUAAUCAUAGCCCAAAAUGUUUUUAAUGAUUUGCAAUUACAAAAACUUCAAUACUUCAAACAAUGCUAUUUUAAUAAAACAUUAGACUUUGUAAUAAAUAUAAGAAAGUAAUAAUAAGUACUUAGCAAGUAAGUUGUAGAUGAGGUGUAAUGUUAAAAUAAAAAGGAGUGAGAUUUUAGAAUAUGGGCACAAAUUACUGUUUAAUUUAAAAACAAGUAGAGUAAGAAUUUGAUUGACUUAUCUUGUUGAAACCCUUGCUUGACUAAUUAGUAACAGAGUAUGUACUAAAAAUAGAUUUAA